GUCCUAUUGUGGCUAUUAAGUCAAACACUUCGACGUCAAUUGAAGUUUCGUGGCAACCAUUAAACUCUGAUGAUGCGAAUGGUAAAAUUACGAAGUAUGCUGUAUGUUACGAAUUGUUCAAAGAAAACGAAUCGUCCAUUGACAAAUGUAAUGAGACUCGUGGUGGCUCUUCAUUCAAUAUUACCAACUUGAAAAAGUUUACAAAAUACAGGAUUGCAGUGAAAGCUUCGACUAAAAUAGGAUUUGGUCCACUUGGUAAAAUAUUAUAGUCAGCACUGAUGAAGAUGCUCCUGAUCGUCCUGAAAACAUUCAACUCACUUCAGAUUUUACCGCGAUAAUGGUGAAUUGGACAAAACCAAGUGUAUCGAAUGGUGUGAUUAGGGAGUACAAAUAUUGUCGAAAUGGACUCAGUGGUUGCGAUACUACUACUGGUGAUAUAACACGUGCUACAAUCACAGGCUUAAGUCCUGGUACCGAGUACAAUAUAACGGUGCAAGCAUUCACUAUAGUCGGCGGACAAAUUAAUUCCAAAGUCGUUAAUACUACAAAAAGUGGAUUUGAAGCCGAAGAUAACAUGGUGUUUGAAACAAUUGGUGUAUCUGAUUCAAAAACACAAAUAGGAUUCAAGUUACCAGAAUUGAAUAGCGACGAAGUGGAUCUGAUAAAGAGUCUUCACGUGUUUGUCAAACGCUGGCUUAGCGAUGACUCGGAACGGACCUUUCAAAGUUCCUCAAGUAGAACAUUUGGAGAUUCGAACGACGGAAUGAUUGCUUACGUUGCUUUGGAAAUGAAUAGAUAUGUGAAUGGAGAAAAUAUAAUUGUAGGCAAUAUGUCAUCAUCGGCAAGGAGAAAACGGAGAAAUACUGUUACGUACCUCAAUGCCCCACUGGUGGAGGAUACUGAAUAUGGCAUAUUCGUUCGAGUUUUUUAUGAUGAUCAGCAGAGUAUAAGUCAAAAUUCGGAUGUGCUGCGCAGGACGACUGGAAAGGAUGAUGAUGACAUGAAUACCGCUGUUAUAGUUAUCGUCGUCAUAAUCUGCAUACUUGUACUUGUGAUCGCGAUUGUUGGUUUAUUGCUUCUCAAAAGGCGAAAAUCUCGAACCAUCUACCGUGAUAUAGUUCUUGAACCAGUGGCUCCUGUAAAGCCUAUAGUUCGUUACCCGAUACCAAUCGAUGAAUUUCGGCAACAUUGUAGCAUGUUGGAUCAGAACGCUGGCUUGGAAUAUCAAGAGGAAUAUGAGAACAUUCGCAAUGGAGCUUUAUCAGCUGAAAUUGGCAAACGACCUGAAAACAUUGAUAAGAAUCGCUAUAACAAUAUCCAUGCAUAUGACGAUAGUCGAGUGAUUUUAUCUGAGAUUGAUGGAGAGGAAGGAUCCGAUUAUAUAAAUGCGAAUCACAUCGACGGUUAUGAACGUAAAAACCAAUUCAUUGCUGCUCAAGGCACCCUGAAGAAUACAAUUGUAGAUUUCUGGAGAAUGAUAUGGGAGCAGAAUGUUUCGUCCAUAGUAAUGUUGGCAAAUCCAAUCGAGAAAGGAAGGGAGAAAUUAGCGAUAUAUUGGCCUCAAGACAAAGCUGUAAAACACGGUCCCUUUUUGAUAAAGUUGGAUGGCGAAGUCGAAUUGGCUGAUUACGUUAUUCGUAAAAUGACCAUAACAAAGGAUAACGUUAAAGAAAUGCGUCAAAUGACACAGUUUCACUACACGGUUUGGCCAGAUCAUGGUGUUCCACAAUACACAACAUCACUACAGGCGUUCCUUACUCGAGUACGAAAAUUCACAAGAAAUGAUGAGAAUCCUUUAGUUGUUCAUUGUAGUGCUGGCGUUGGACGAACUGGGACAUUCAUUGGAAUUUUUGCCAUGUUGGAUAUGAUUGAAAAGACGAAGACAGUGGAUAUUUUCAAUUAUGUUUGUCAAAUGCGCAAACAGCGAACUCACAUGGUGCAAGUUGAGUCGCAAUACGUAUUUCUUCAUAAAGCUGUUUUGGAAGCAAUUGAAUGUGGCGAUACUGAGAUUAAUGCUCCUGACCUCCGUGUAAAACUAAUCCAACUCAGUAGAACGGAUCCUAAUAAUCCUGAUCAAACAUUAAUGGAAAAACAAUUCAAGGUGUUACAACAAUACACUUUCGUGAAAUCGAACACGGAAGAAGCGAAGAAGUCCUUCAAUGCUGACAAGAAUCGAAAUAAGGCUAUUUUGCCGUAUGAAGACACUCGUGUUUCCCUUCUCAAGAGCCCCGGAGUUGAUGGUUCAGACUACAUAAACGCCAGUUUUAUUGACAGCUACCAGGUUCGGGGAAUGUAUAUUGCGACACAAUUCCCACUCGAAAAUACUGUCAACGAGUUCUGGAGAAUGGUAUGGGAGAAGAAAUGUAAUUGCAUCGUUAUGUUGGCGAAUAUCGACGAAAAUCCAACAUCGUAUGAGAAGUAUUGGACAGACAAGACCAACGACGCAUUGCUUUGUGGAAACUUGCUUGUUUCCAUUGAAAACGAGGAAAACGCUGAUGAAUUUGUCAUCCGAAACUUCAAGUUGAAGAAGAAUGACGGUGGAGAAACUCGAGAUGUUUGGCAUUUCCAUUUCCUGUCAUGGAAUGAGAACGAAGUUCCUCGAAGCCCCGUCGGUCUUAUUCAAAUGAUUGGAAGAAUUCAAGAUGUACAACGUCAAUGCGGAAACAACCCAAUCGUUGUACAUUGCAGUGAUGGUGGUGGGCGAACUGGAGCAUUUUGUGCUUUAGUAACAUCCUUAGAGAGAGUUAAACAGGAUCAAUCGUUCAAUUUAUUCCAAACUAUUAUGUUGGAACGAAUUCAGAGACCAAGAAUGGUGUCGUCAAUUGAACAAUAUCAAUUCUGUUUCCAAGCUAUCCUGCAAUUCCUUCAAUCCUUUGAUGAAUACGCCAAUUUCAAGGAAAUACAGAAUUCAAGUUAAUUUACUGCCAAAUUAUUACCAUUUUUCUUAUCUAUACGUUAUUUCCUAUGCGUUACAUACAGUAAAAUAUCACUCGAAAUCUCGCGACAAUGUAUAGUUUUUAUGAACAGUAUUAAUACAAAAAAAACAUUCAUAUUUUCUCGAUAUGCAUAAAUAAGUUAAUGCAAAGCAAAUCAUUUCAAAGUAAUGCAUCAUUUGAUGCAUGCGUACAAAAUAAAUAUAAUGUAAUGUCAACAUACUUAAUCUUUACAUUUACUUAAUUUUUUCAUACGUGGCGUUAUUUAAAUUUUAUGCAACAAAAUAUUAGCUAUUUAAUCGUUUUUCUGUAGUCAGUAAAAUGAAAACUUGUUUUGAACAA